AAUAAGGAAUCUGGACGGAUGGAUGGAAGGAAGACUAGCUGAAUGGAUGAAAGCACACAUGCAUAGGUGCAUGCAUUCAUGAAAGAAUGAGUAAACGAGUUAAUGAAGGAAAGAAUGAAUGAAUGGGAUGUGCUGUGAGCUGCGCCCCAGUCAGGUGGAUUUACCGACGCUAUUUGAACUCCCUAUCUGGCAGGAUGCUGGAGGCCCCCGGGCCCGAGGAGUUGGAGCCGGGCUUCGAGACACCGUGCGCGAGGCUCUGCCACGCGCAGCGCGUCCUGCAGACCCUCAAUGCAUACCGGCGAAACGGCAUUCUCACCGACGUGGUGCUGCGCGCCGGUGGCCGUGACUUUCCGUGCCACCGCGCCGCGCUCAGCGCGGGCAGCGCCUACUUCCGUAGCCUGUUUGCGGCCGCGCGACCGGAGCGCGGCCCAGCCGUGGUGCCCGUAAUACCCGUGGAACCAGAGGGGCCGAACGCCGGGCCGGGCUCGGGUCCUGCCGGGGCGGCAGCGGCCGCGGCGCUGGCGGUGGUGCUCGACUACGUGUACGGAGCGGGCGUGCGGCUGCGCGCCGAGGACGAGGCGGCCGCGGUUCUGGCGCUGGCUGAGCGGCUGGGCGUGGCGGGCUUGCGCGAGGCCUGCGUGCGCUUCCUCGAGGGUCGCCUGCGCGCCGCCAACAGCCUGGCGCUGCGCCGCGUAGCCACCGCCUUCUCGCUCGCGUCUCUGGCCGAGCGCUGCAGCCACGUGCUGCGCCAGGCCUUCUCCGAGGUGGCGCACUACGCUGACUUCCUGGAGCUGGCGCCCGACGAGGUGGCGGCGCUGCUGGCCGACCCGGCGCUGGGAGUGGCGCGGGAGGAGGCCGUGUUCGAGGCGGCCAUGCGCUGGGUGCGCCACGAUGCGCCGGCCCGCCGCGGGCAUCUGCGGCGCCUGCUGGAACACGUGCGCCUGCCGCUGCUGGCGCCCGCCUACUUCCUGGAGAAGGUGGAGGCUGACGAGCUGUUGCAGGCCUGCGGCGAGUGCCGCCCGCUGCUGCUCGAGGCCCGCGCCUGCUUCAUCCUGGGCCGUGAGGCCGGUGCGCUGCGGGUCCGGCCGCGGAGAUUCAUGGACCUAGCUGAAGUGAUCGUGGUCAUCGGCGGCUGCGACCGCAAGGGGCUCCUGAAGCUGCCCUUCGCGGAUGCCUAUCACCCAGGGAGCCGACGCUGGACCCCGCUGCCCAGCCUGCCGGGCUACCCGCGUUCGGAGUUCGCGGCCUGCGCCCUCCGCAAUGACGUCUACGUCUCUGGAGGCCACAUCAACAGUCGUGAUGUGUGGAUGUUUAGCUCCCGUCUGCAUACCUGGAUCAAAGUGGCUUCACUGCACAAGGGCAGGUGGAGGCACAAGAUGGCAGUUGUGCAGGGGCAGCUGUUCGCCGUGGGCGGCUUUGACGGCCUGCGGCGCCUGCGAAGCGUGGAGCGCUACGACCCUUUCUGCAACACCUGGGCGGCGGCCGCGCCCCUCCCGGAGGCGGUGAGCUCGGCGGCGGUGGCGCCCUGCGCGGGCCAGCUCUACGUGAUCGGGGGCGCGGGCCAGGACGGCGUCAACACCGACAAGGUGCAGUGCUUCAACCCCAAGGAGGACCGGUGGAGCCUGCGGUCACCAGCCCCCUUCUCACAGCGGUGUCUCGAGGCUGUCUCCUUCGAGGACACCAUCUAUGUGGUGGGGGGCCUCAUGAGCAAAAUCUUUACCUACGACCCUGGCACAGAUGUCUGGGGAGAGGCAGCUGUCCUCCCCAGCCCUGUGGAGAGCUGCGGUGUGACUUUGUGUGAUGGGAAGGUCCACAUCCUUGGCGGGCGGGAUGAUCGUGGGGAAAGCACCGAUAGGGUGUUCACCUUUGACCCCAGCAGUGGGCAGUUGGAAGCCCAGGCAUCCCUGCAACGCUGCACCAGUUCCCAUGGCUGCAUCACCAUUGUCCAGAGCCUAUGCAGGUGACUUGGACGACCUGAGCCAGGAGGCAGAAAGGGCAAGGGGACUCAGGUGCACCACUCUUCCCACUUCACGGCACCGUCAUGUAAAUAACCUCUUAACUUAUUGCCCCCUUUUUGUGUUCAAAUAAAUAAUUUUUCAAGGGUUGUGUUCCAG